CUGGCGGCGGGCGGGCGGGAGCGGCGGAGAGAGGAGGGCCGGGGUCGCGAAGUGGGUGAAGAGUUCCCGAGCAAGUCAGAAGCCGCUCACAGCACCGGACGCCGUGCGGCAGGACUGGGGACGAGGCAGUACCCGUGGACAGGUGGUGGUUUCGCGCCCCAGUCUUAGGAAAGGACGCGCGAGGCACCGUGCCGAGGCGUAGAGGUCACCCUCAGGAGGUUUCGGUGAAACCUAGUGGGAAAUUACGGGCAGGUGCCCGGAGUCGCGCCCGAGGAUCUCCGUGCAGCCCGACUCGUGUUCCAGGGAGUUGAGACGAGCUGCACGGGUGGGAUUGCGCCGGCUCUGCCCUCCCAGCAUUGACUGCUCGCCCCGACCGUCCCGGGAAGCGCGAGCUUCCUGGCUCCAGAAGUGAUGAUGCUGCUGGGUAGAAGCCGCAGCGAGUGAAGAGUUGCCGGUUGUUAUGGGAUUGAAAAAGAGAUCUCUGCAAUGGCUAAGGGGUUAUCUUAUGAUGAGGCUUUUGCUAUGGCUAAUGAUCCCUUGGAAGGCUUCCAUGAAGUAAACCUUGCUUCACCUACUUCUCCGGACCUUCUUGGUGUGUAUGAAUCAGGAACUCAAGAGCAGACUACCUCACCAAGUGUCAUCUACCGGCCACACCCUUCAGCUUUAUGCUCUGUACCUAUCCAGGCAAAUGCGUUAGAUGUUUCUGAACUUCCCACACAACCCGUGUAUUCAUCCCCCAGACGUUUAAAUUGUGCGGAAAUAUCUAGUAUCAGCUUUCAUGUUACAGACCCAGCACCUUGUUCUACCUCUGGAGUCACAGUUGGGUUAACUAAAUUAUCUACAAGAAAGGACAACUAUAAUGCAGAGAGAGAGUUUUUACAGGGUGCUACUAUAACAGAGGUUUGCGAUGGCAGCGAUGAUAUUUUUGGGUUGAGUACUGAUAGUUUGUCUCGUUUACGAAGCCCAUCUGUUUUGGAAGUUAGAGAAAAGGGCUAUGAACGACUAAAAGAAGAACUUGCAAAAGCUCAGAGGGAACUGAAGUUAAAAGAUGAAGAAUGUGAGAGGCUUUCAAAAGUGCGAGAUCAACUUGGACAGGAAUUGGAAGAACUCACAGCUAGUCUAUUUGAGGAAGCUCAUAAAAUGGUGAGAGAAGCAAAUAUCAAGCAGGCAACAGCAGAAAAACAGCUAAAAGAAGCACAAGGAAAAAUUGAUGUACUUCAAGCUGAAGUAGCUGCACUGAAGACACUUGUAUUGUCCAGUUCUCCAACUUCACCUACACAGGAGCCUCUGCCAGGUGGAAAGACACCUUUUAAAAAGGGGCAUACAAGAAAUAAAAGCACAAGCAGUGCUAUGAGUGGCAGUCAUCAGGACCUCAGUGUGAUACAGCCAAUUGUAAAAGACUGCAAAGAGGCUGACUUAUCCUUGUAUAAUGAGUUCCGAUUGUGGAAGGAUGAGCCCACAAUGGACAGGACGUGUCCUUUUUUAGACAAAAUCUACCAAGAAGAUAUCUUUCCAUGUUUAACAUUCUCAAAAAGCGAGUUGGCUUCGGCUGUUCUGGAGGCUGUGGAAAACAAUACCCUAAGCAUUGAACCAGUGGGAUUACAACCUAUCCGGUUUGUGAAAGCUUCUGCAGUUGAAUGUGGCGGACCAAAAAAAUGUGCUCUUACUGGCCAGAGUAAGUCCUGUAAACACAGAAUUAAAUUAGGGGACUCAAGCAACUAUUAUUAUAUUUCUCCUUUUUGCAGAUACAGGAUCACUUCUGUAUGUAACUUUUUUACAUACAUUCGAUACAUUCAGCAGGGACUCGUGAAACAGCAGGACGUUGAUCAGAUGUUUUGGGAAGUUAUGCAGUUGAGAAAAGAGAUGUCAUUGGCAAAGUUGGGUUAUUUCAAAGAGGAACUCUGAUGCUCUGCGUGGGACCAUGCGUGAACUCCUUGAAUAACUGAAAAAUGGCUGAAUAUUUUUAUGGUUACUUGAUAUUUAUUUCCAGAGAGUGGGCCUAAGACUUUUUUCCCUUUUGCAAAUUGCUCUAAGAAAUACUAUGAUUUCUUUUAAACUGACCGAUGCUGUGUUUGCUUAUUCUUCAGUUGAACACACUAUGAAGAAUUACAGGUGUACUAGUGAAUGUAAUAUAUAGUUGCAAAAAAAAAAAAACCCACCGGAAAUAAAUAAAUGUUAGAUUGAAUGUGUGUAUGUUUUCUCUUCUAGCUCUGACAUGGCAUUUAGUAGCAGAAUGUAUUAAAUAGUAAUUUUCAAACUACACAGCAGUUUCCCUCCUUGUGAGAGGCAAGGAAGAAGGCUGAGUGGACAUUACUCACUUUCAAAGGCCCCCACCUCUAGAAAGGCUUUAUUUUUGUCUGUUUUGUAUACUGGGCUUCAAAAAUGAAUUUAUUUGAAGAAAUACUUCUGCUGCUACGAAGUUUGAAAGUUGCUGUUGUAAUUAUUCUGCUCUCUGUAAUUGAAGGAAUCUCUUUAUUUUGGUGAUUCAUUAAAAUAGAAGGCAGUCAGAUUUUAUCCCAGAGAUGUAUUCCUGAGCGUCUUGAUGUAGUGUAUUCAUGUUUUAUAUAUGUUGACCAUUAUAAUGAUAUUGGAGGAACAUAGAUGUAAAUGAGUUUGAUGUGUGUCAGAAGGGUUUAGAGGGGUGUGGGUUGAAAGAAUGGUACAUGCAAAGUAUACACUUGAUCUCUGUGUUCCAAAUUGUAAAACUGACUCAACUGGAGAAAUUAUAGCAAAGGGGUUUGUGGUAGAAAUAUAGGAAGUACAGAAAAGCAAAAAGAAAAAGUGAAAAAUCACUUCAAUCUCUGUUUAGAGAAAGCUGUUACUAAUAUUUUUGGAAAGUAGCCUUUCAGCUUUCAGGUAUUUUCUACUUACAUAUGCAUAUUUUUGAAACAAAAUGUAGGCUUUUUUGCUUUUUAAAUCUAAACAUUAAAUACUUUUUCCCUGUGGGUAAACCUAUACAUCCUAAUUCCUGUUUAUAGAAUUUUAACAUAAUUUAAUUGUGUUUGGAGAUGAGGUUGUUUCAGUUUUUUAUAUUAUAAUGCUGUGAUGAGUAGCCUUAUCUGUACACUUGGACAUUGUUGAGUUCUUUCAUGUAGAUGCCUGAAGAUAAAAUUGUUGAGUCAAGAUAUAUAUGUAUUUUUAAGUGUUUGAUCUGUAUUCGUUAGAUUGCCAUUCAGAAAAGUUAACCAAUUUGUAUUCACAGCAGUAGUGUGUGAGAGAGCUGGUUUUCUGAAGUCCUGUUAAGAGAUUUGGUUAAUCUUGCCUGUAGAUGACCUCAGCCACCUAGCUGGAUGGGAGCCCACAGACAAAAGGACACUGAAGUAUGUUACAGUAAAAACCAUCAUUACCAUGCCCAGCUCAAGAAUGUAAAAUUGAACAUGAAAAAAACUUUGAACCUAGAAUUUUAUGUUCUGAAAAAUAGUUAUUCUAAUGUGAGGGCAUUAAUAAAAACAUGUGCCAUCAAGGCUUCAGAAGAUUUUCCAAACAAACUAAAACCACUUUUGGAGAAAGUACUAAAUUAGAAACAAAUCCAGAUGCUGUAAGAGAUUUGAAAGAAAGGUAAUCGAAUACUCGGGAAAAGUUUGUUGAUGACUUAAAAAGGAUAAAUAAAAAGACUAAAGAAAAUCAGUAUACCUAUUAAUAAUAACUCAGUAAUCUAUAAAGGAAAGAAUACUUUCAACCUGAUAUACUAGAAGCAUGCUCUUUAAAAUUGAGACUGAUGAUGUAGAAAAUAUAUUGGAAUUAUAGGUUAAAAUGUAAUUGAUAUAUAUUUAGAAAAUAUAAGUGAUUAUCUUCCUGAUCCUAUUCCCUUUAGGAAGAACUUCUUAGACUGGAAGCAGAAA